AUGGCCGCCCUCCCUGCACACAGCACAAAGCACAUCGCCCUCCUUCGCUACCCCUUCCACGGCCACCUCUUCUACCUCGCACAGCGCGACAAUGGCCUCACAAACGGCACCGCCCUCUGGCUCGGCGCGCAGUGUCUCUCCUUGUUCUUAGCCGACGCGCUCAGACGCCAGGCGCCUCCGGGGCGGCGGCUGCGAGCCAUCGAACUCGGGAGUGGGAUUGGGUUGUCGGCGCUGGCCUUGUGCUCCAUGGGCUGGGACGUGCUCGCAACAGAUCUGCCCGAUGUCAUUUCCGCCGUGCUCUCAAGCAACGUCGCGCGUAACACCUCGCAACUGCCCGUGGGCAGUGGCACCGUCCAAGUCCGUGCGCUCGACUGGACUGUGCCCCCAGAUCAAUGGGUAUGGGACAACGCCACGUUCAUAGGGUUGCCGGAGGGCCCAGAGGCGGAUCAUCCGGACCUCGUCGAGACACUCAGGCCACCGUUCGACCUGAUCAUCUCCUCCGACACGUUGUACGCCACCGAGAUAGUCCAGCCGCUCUUUCGAACCCUGCAUGCUCUCACCACGCUCUCGGCGAAGCAUGGUUGCCGUUCACCACCGGUAUAUCUUGCCAUAGAGCGACGAGACCCGUUGCUUAUCGACCUUGCACUUGCGGAUGCCGUAAGACUCUGGGAUUUUACCGCUGAGCGCGUCCCACACAAGAAAAUCGUCAAAGCGUUGGAAAAGGGCGGAGCGAACUGGGACAAGGAGGAUUGGGACGAUGUGGAGAUCUGGAAGCUCACACGGAAAACAGACAGCUAA